GACUUUUCGGAUGACAUAAUGUAAAUAUUAGCCGUUAACUAGCUAGCUAGUAUGUAAAGUGUUGCUGUUGCAUUGCUACCUGCGCAGCUACGUUCACUUGUAACCGUGUGAAAUAAGGUUACUUGUUUCUUAUGUUUUUAAACUAGUCAAGCUGUGUAUUGCUGAACGACUGACAGUGGAUACUGUGUGUGUGUGUGUGUGUGUGUGUGCGCGCGCGUGUGUGUGUGCGUGCGCGCACGCUUUAGCCUUCUGUUUGUAUUAUUAUGUUGCGUUUUGACAAACACUGACAUUUAUUUCUAACGUUACACUACCAAGGAGGCGUUUCUGUACAGUAUCAAGCAAUACAUUCAUUAAUAGUCUAAAUUAGAAAAUGCAAUUAUGGGGAAUAGGCACAGUUGAACUCAGGAAUGCUGGUCACUUUUUCUUAGAGAAGUGACCAAGUUUCAUUGUCCAAACAAGUCUCUUAAUCAUAGUUGAUGCCUUAAAUCACUCAAGUGAUUUUGUACAGCACCUCCAUAAAGUUGUGGGAGUUUUGCAUGAUAAAUUAACAAUAGAAGGCCCAGAUAUUUUGACUUUCAGUCAGCUCAGUUAGUAUGGGUCAAGCUCCAAAAAUGCUGUAUUUUAUUGGUGCUGGAACGAUCAGUUGAAUAUCGGACAGAAAGUUAAUCUGCAAUUAUCAUUUUUCAAUUCAAUAUGCCAAAACAUCAUCCAGUUCUAGCUUCUGAAAUGUAAGGAGUUUGCUGCUUUUCUGUGUUUAUACAUUUUAAACAGAAUAUUUAGCGGGUUUGGACUGUUUGUCUGACAGAACAAGACAUUUGAAGAUGUCACCUUGCACUGUGAGAAACUGUCAGACAUUUUUCACUAUUGAGACCUGAUAAUGUUCAUAUUGGCUCUCUGUCGCUGACUGGAACACUUCAAUGAAACAGAGCCAUUGUGAAUUGUUAAUAUUAUUAGUAACAUCUGUGCUGCAGUGGAAAAAGGUGUAUGCAAGUCCAUGCACUUGAUAAUACAUCAGAAAAGCAUGACAUUUGUUUGCAAUAUACAGUAAUAAGAGUGUAUGUUUUUCAUAUAACACAUAGUAACUAGUGUUUUGCACAUAGUCUUACUUCAACAUAAACACAUUUUACUCAUUGUGUAAAACGCUCGUGUUCCCCUGUAAAAUAGCAUAAUUCCUUGCAAUUAUGACAACUUAUCCAUGAUAAGUUUAUUUGUAAAUCCUUUUAUUCAGUGACCGUUUACUUGGCAAGCUACUUGUUCCUUAGUAUGUUUUUAGUGAGUGAUUUAGAAUCAGAUGUUCUAGAAAGGUCAAGCUAAGCCUACCGUAUAUAAUGUGUAUUAAAAGGCACAUAGAUAGUGUUGUAUUGAUUGUUGUGUUUAUGAUAUAGGUGCUUAAUAUAGAUUGUAGUGUAAAGUUUGUAUGGAGUCUAUAUGUGAGACCUUUCUUCCUCUGUAUGUGUUUUUCUGUGCAGAUGACUGCCCAGGAGGUGCGUCUGUGUGGUCUCCUGCUGCGGGAGCAUUUUGGAGAAGUGGUGGAGAAAGUGGGAACACACCUGCUCAGAGGUGGAGCACAGAAUUUAAGAACCAUCAUUCAUGAGACUGGCAUCCCACUGGACCUGGUAAAGAAGUCCUUGUGUGUGCUCGUGCAGCAUGGGGCCUGUGUGUUCAGCUCAGGCCGUAAAGGACCAGGGAGCCCCACAGAGUAUCGGACCGGCUGUGAUCGGAUUCUGAGAAUUCUGAGAUACCCGCGUUACAUCUACACUGCCAAAACCCUGUACGGGGACACCGGAGAGCUAAUCAUAGAGGAGUUUCUGCAGAGAGGUCACAUGACCAUGAGUAGCACGGUUAAGACGGUCGCCGACCGCCUCACACAGAACAUGGAGGAGGGUCGCUGCAUGGAUUACACUGAAGUGUCCACUGCCUUCUCCAAACUGGUGGAGACCCAUUUUCUUCAGCGCUGCCCCCCGAUGGUGAAAGCAGGAACAACAGGCAGUGCCACUCCAGCUACCCCGGCGACCCCUGGUACCCCAGCUGCCCCUGUUAGCACUGCUCUGCCCACUCCGGAGAGCUUCCCCGACUGUUACAAGGUGCCUCACAUGACACUUGUCGGGCGAGGCAAACGCCAACUCUGCAGUGAGGAAGGAGAGGACCAAAGGAAUGCAAAGAAGGCUAGAAUGGAUUCACAGAAUCAUGGUGAUGAAGGGAUUAGCUGGCAGGUCAAUUUUGAGAGGUUCCAUCUCCACUUCAGAGACCAGGCCAUCAUCAGUGCUGUCGCCAACAAGUGUGAUCAGACGAGCAGUGAGAUAUUGAGGACUAUGCUGAGGAUGAGUGAGGUGACGACCUCGCCCACAGCCACCUGUACAAAGCCUCUCUCAGCCAACGAGAUCUUCAGGUCCCUCCCGACCAGCUACAACAUAGCCAGACCCAUCUUAGACCAGUACCUCACACUACUGGUUGAUGACCCGAUGGAGUUUGUGGGGAAGGCUGGCGAAAGUGGAGGAGGAAUGUACGUCGUCAAUCUGCACACAGCGCUGGCCAAUCUGGCUCGAGCCACGCUUGAGUCUGUAGUACAGGAGAGAUUUGGCUCCCGAUCAGCGCGCAUCUUCCGUCUGUUGCUGAGGAAACGUCACCUGGAGCAGAAGCAGGUGGAGGAUUUUGCAAUGAUUCCAGCCAAAGAGGCCAAAGACAUGCUCUACACGCUGCUGUCACAGAACCUGGUCCAGCUACAGGAAAUCCCAAAGACUCCUGACUUCGCUCCCUCUCGUACUUUCUAUCUUUACACCGUCAACCAGCUCCCGACUGCAAGAAUGCUGCUUCAGAACUGCUACAAGACAGUCGCUAACCUCAUAGAGCGACGCCUUUUUGAGUCCAAAGAGAGCAAGCGUCUGCUGGAGAAAUCCCAGCGAAUCGAGGCCAUUCUGGCAUCUCUCCAGGCCAGUGGGGCUGAGCCUGAGCAGCUGACGGAGGUCGAGGAGAUGAUCACUGCUACUGAAAAGCAACAGCUGGAGGCAUUACGGCUUCAUAUCAACAAGUUAGAUUCAGCAGAGAACCAGGUAGAUGAAUCCAUCUUUCUUAUAGAGUCCUACGUCACCUCCACUGCAUCCACAAGUUGAGGGCAUUACAACUCACACGCAGUACUUUUGAAGAUUUGUUCCGUUACUUUUUUGUGUAUGAAUGCUGUCAAGUAUGGCUGUUUUAUAGUUUAUAUGACUGGAUUGAUGCAGUAAAAUCUUAAUAGAUGA